AUGUCCAAUGUCGCCGUCUCUACCCCGCCUGACCAUCCGCUUCAACAAGCUCGUGCCUUGUCCAAAAACUUGCCAGAUGCUGGUUUGCUAGGACUUGACCAUUAUUCUCGUAAACUCCCAAAAUGGCGGUAUCGUCUAAGGCAGUCCCUCCUUCCUAUCGUCCGAUGGGAAACGCCCUAUCUGGCCAAGGUUCAACAGACCUGCCGAACUCCCUUCCUUGAUUCUUACUUUGCCAUGACGGCGAAUCUCGGUACCCACACCUUCUUUAUGGCAGCCCUACCCGUAUGCUUUUGGUGUGGUUAUACCGGCGUCGGUAGAGCCUUGGUGCACAUGCUUGCAUUAGGUGUCUUCCUGAGCGGUUGGAUCAAGGAUCUGGUAUGCUUACCAAGACCUCUGUCUCCUCCUCUGCAAAGAAUAACCAUGUCUGGUUCUGCUGCCCUCGAAUAUGGCUUCCCGUCUACGCAUUCGACAAAUGCCGUAUCUGUAGCCUUCUACUUCCUAUACCAGCUGCAUACCUCCGCUUAUGAGGUUGCUGAACCUCAGAGGACGCUUGGCUUGUGUCUUGGAUACUUUUAUGCCAUUUCCAUCGUGCUUGGCCGCAUGUACUGUGGUAUGCAUGGCUUCUUCGACGUGAUCGUAGGUAGCACUCUUGGUGCAUUGAUUGCUGUACUCCAACUGGCGUAUGGCACGUCAUUCGAUGACUGGAUAGCUGCUGGAUCGUGGACUCAUCCUGCGAUAGUCUUUGCGAUCGUCCUUCUUGCGGUGCGCUUCCACCCAGAGCCUGCGGAUAACUGCCCUUGUUAUGACGACAGUGUGGCUUUUGCUGCUGUAGUGCUAGGUUGCCAGUUGGGACACUGGCAUUUUGCAGGAACCAGCGUCGCAAUGGUCGGUGAGGCUCCGGCCACUGUCUUCUUCAGCCUGGAGAAGCUUGGGUGGUUCAAGACUUUGGCGCGUGUCGUUGGCGGCGUUGUCAUUGUCUUUCUCUGGAGAGCUAUGAUGAAGCCACUACUUCUCAGAUAUCUUCCUCCACUCUUCCGCUUCCUCGAGACUAGUGGCGCAACUCUGCCUCGGCGAUUCUUCACACGGGCAAGCGAGUACAAACGAGUACCACCUCUACGACAGGACGACAACGUUAUCCCGUCCGCUUCGGAUAUUCCAGGCAUGCUGUCUAAUCUUCGCCAUCCUCGCAAACGCGGUAUCUCGGUCGGACCACAAUCGGAGGCAGAUGCUCGCGAAUUCAUCGCCAACCGGGAACGAAAACGUAGAGAAAGUCGUUCGUCCGCGGAUGGCAAUGAUUCUCGACCUCAGCUGAUCAAGCCAUCGGGCGGAUCUUUGGAGCUAGAGUCCACAAAGCAGAAGCGUCGUGAGGAUGAAUUGGAUUCAUUCGGAGUAGCCACGCCACUAGCAACGCCUGGCCAGAAAGGCGAUCUACUUAGGCCUAAUCCAUUCACUGCCUUGCCUUUGACACCGCCAGCAAGCGAUAGUGGCAACGGGAGUGACAUGGGGAGAGAGGACAAAGAAGAUAGGGAGGAUGCAGAACAAGAUCACCAGAUGUUCCUCGCGUUGGCAAAGCCGCGAGUACGGUACGAUGUCGAAGUUGUGACCAAGCUGGUCAUCUAUGCAGGUAUUGCUUGGCUUGCUGUAGAAGGCAACCCAUUGCUCUUCGAGUUCACCGGGGUUGGUAAGCGCAGUGUACUUUGA